UCAUAGUUUCCCAUUAUGAGAUUUUCAGUAUAGAUCUUUAUAAAAAAAGGUAGUAGUGCAUCCAUUUGCAGUAUCAUUCUCAACUGAAUACAGCCAAGGAACAAUCUCACAAAAGAAAUUUUCAUGUUUACAUUUUUCACUCUUCAAAGCUUUAAGUAGUAACGAGGAUGCUGUUUUCAAAACUCUGUGUCACUGUGACACUGCUAGGAAUAGUUGAUGCCCUUUGUACUGUAUCGUGGUGGAGCCAGAGGACUAGAACAGUUAAUUUUAACGGCCUAUCUUCAUGUAAUGAGUACAAUUAUUUCAUGAAUGGGUUACAUAGAGAUCAUCUCGAACAAAACGACGGACUUCAUCUUAUAAAAGGAGUUGUCUGUUGCAAAGCGACAUCGCGUUUUUCGGACUCUGAAGUUCUAGCCCACCAUGAAGACUGGUCAAUUAUUUUUCAAGAAAGUUUUGAUAUAUGGGCAUUUUGCCCCGAUGGAUACUUUCUUAGUGGUUUUUCAAGAUAUACCGAUGGGGACGCAAUUAAUUACUUGCAUAACAUUGAAUAUGCAAGAUGUAUUAAGCCUUCGAAUCACCCAGACUAUCAUGGAAAGUGUUACACUCAGUAUAUAAACUUCAAUACACAGGGUGUCUUUUCUUGUAAAGAAAAUUACUUUAUAACUGGUUUACACAAAGUCAAGGGUGAUUACCUGCAUCACAUAGAUAAACUUAAAUGUUGUGCAAUGCAAGAUGAUCCAGAGUUUGUAUUUGAUGUAGACACAUUCAAAAGAAUUAUAAUGGAUAAUACUUUGCCACGAUUGACAAUGCUGGCCUAUGCAAUGGGCUACGAUCAUAUUUCUGGUUUGAAGGGUUGGAUGUUAGGAGAUGAUUAUUUCCGGGAUGGAGAUUCCUGGGUGGCUGAUACUAGACUUUAUGGUUGGGAUAAGAAAUGUAGUGGCAUAAAGUGUGAAGAAAGAUUUAAAAUAGAUUACUUGGACUGGUCUUUCCACAUAAAGGAUAUUAUUUAUGGAGAUAGCGUAAUCGAUGAAUUGAAACCGGAAAAAGUAUAUGAAAAGUUGUUUCCGAAUUUACGAAAUCACACAGUUCCCCAUAUAACUAAAUUAAUGCAUGAAUUCUUGCCGUCCCUAAAACAUACAAUUACCAACCAUUGGGAAGAUAAUCCCGAAUAUAUUUCAUUGAUGGAGUAUGAUCCCAAGUAUUUUGGCAACAUAGCGAGGUCCAUAAAGCUGGCCGCUGAAGGUUCAAGAUCAAACACGGCAGGGGAGGGUAAAAAAGUAUUGAACAAUGCUUUUAUGUAUUCCAUUCCACCGCGAACACUUGCCAAGUUUAAGUUUUUUUUUAAUAAAGUAAGAACUACGACUCCCUAUACGGCUAAUCUCGUGGCAAAGUUUAAUGUAAGAUUUACAGGCAUUUUAAGACCUCAUAAUUUACAUCACCAAUACAGGGGAAGUCAGGAACGACCGAAAAUUAUUCACACAUUUGGCGAUGAAUCUGAAACUUUCUACACUGAUUUAAGACGCCAAAAGAGAAUAAAUGCAUCGCCUUGGCUUUGGUAUGAUAUGCAUGAUUACUACCACAGCGUAGUUAAUGACCCCUACCUUGCAAAUGAAACUAACUAUCAAUUAAAAUUGAGAGGAAAGUUUGAGUAUGUUACUGGUAAAAGUUUACAUACACUUGUGGAAUUUAAAGCCGCAAAUGAUCGUCGAAAACGUGAAACUGAAACAUACUAUUUUAAUGGCACUUUUAUUGCAAAAGCAGGUCCUGAUGACAAGCCUGUAGAAGUAAAUUACCCUGAAAUUUCUUCGAAAGGAAAAAAUAGAAUACAGUUAGAACCUAUUUUUAAUGACCCAGUCUCUUCUUAGGUACUCACCUAUGUACGGAGUAUUUUUUUUUUCUGUGUUCUAAUUUUUCUCUUCGCAUGCAUUUUUUUUUCUUUAAAAUAAAGUUGUUAAAAUAAUACA